AAAGGCAAAGCUUCGAGCCUGGGAAGCUAAGGAAUCAAAUUUAGGUCUCGAGAGAGAAGAAGAAGAAGAAGGGGUUUCGAUGGCGAGGACGGGAAUUGGGAGCACGGGAGGGAAGAAUAAUGGGUCGGGGCAGUUUUUUCUGGCGACGUUGCUUCUUUGGCUUGUCUCCGUCGUCUUUGAGAUUGUUUUCAAUCUCCGUACGGAGCUUCUCUGGGUGAUUUGCGGCGGAUGCUUCUUUCAAUCGGUGAAUUGGGUUGUUCGUUCUUGGCUCUCUCGUGACCCUCUCUUCGUUAAUACCUCCGUCUCGCUUUUGCACUCAAUCGUCACAUCCGCCUCAGUGGUUUUCAUUCUGCUCAAUCAGUGCUUAGCCAAAGGUUUAGAGGAGAUGUUUGAUCAUUCAGAGUUGGUUGGUGGUACUUGGAAAUGGGCGUAUCCAGCUUUGUGUUUCUCUUGUGGCUACUUUGCAUAUGACCAGUGGGACAUGCUUCAGUACCGGUUAUACAGUGGCUUAAUACCUUCCAUUCUUGUUCACCAUCUCGUCCUCCUCGUUUGCUUCACCUUGGCUCUAUACCGAAAUGUAACCAUCAACUACCUCAUUCUUACUCUCAUUUGUGAGAUGCAUUCGAUCUUUCUACACGUGAGGAAGCUAAGGAGAAUGGCGGGAAUCCGAGACAGCAACACGGCAUUGGUGAAACUGGAAUGGGUGCUAAACUGGAUAGCCUUUGUGUUUGCGAGGUGCAUUCCUCACAUUCUCAUCACUGUGAAGCUGAUCAAAGACGCGCACAAGUUUGAGAAAGGCGUGGAGUUACCGCUCGCUCUGUUUGGUAUGGCGGGAAUGAACAUCCUCAAUGUCGGCCUCGGAUUGGAUCUGUUUCAUGCUUUCAGGAGAGAGAGAAGCAACAGAAGAAAUCAAGAGAACACCAACCAUCACAACCAUGGAGAAUAAAAUAAUUAUUAGCCUAUUUAGAAGCCAUCCAUGGAUCAACCGAAAUCCAUGGUUUGUUACGUGACUGUUACUCACGCAUGUGUUGUUUAUAUCUGAGGUUUUGCUGCUAAGUUCUACUAAUAGCUUUCAGAUUUGUAUGUACUAAAGGAAAACAAUAUGUAAAUGUUAUUUGGUGCUGAUUGCCAUUAGCCUUUCAUAACCGGUUCGUGUUGGUUUGAAUUGUUUUGAUAUUGAGUAUAUUUUUGUGGUA